AUGGACACUACGAGCAUUGACGGCAGAGUUGGCGAUCGAGCUCAGCUUGAGCGAGCGCGGGUCGAGCUGAUCAAUGGCUUCUACUUUCGAGCACCACCAGACCCUCACAAACUAUCAUCAUACAUCACACCAGACCAUGAACUAUUCCAGACUAUACACAUGGGUGCUGCAGUCAUCGACAACAACCUGUGGCGUCUAGAUAUUCAUGGUCUGGUUGAACGUCCAUACUCUCUCACACUGGCGCAGCUUCGAGCAAUGCCCUCCAGCAGACAGACAUCCUUCCACGAAUGCUAUGGCAGCCCCAUCAAGCCGCCGACUGAAGCGUGUCGCAGGAUUGGGAACGUCACCUGGACCGGCGCGAGACUUCGAGACUUACUGGCCAAAGCAGCGCCGCUUCCAUCAGCACACUUCCUUUGGUCCGAUGGCUUGGACUGUGGCUCUUUCGCAGAUGUGAAGGCAGAUCGGUAUCAAAAGGAUUUGCCGCUUGCUAAAGCUAUGAGCGAGGAAGUGCUGGUCGCUUAUGAGAUCAAUGGCAAGCCACUUGAUGUGCACCGAGGUGGACCUGUGCGGCUUAUAGUCCCAGGAUGGUUCGGGACAAACAGCACAAAGUGGCUUUGCUCGUUGAAGCUGGAGAAGGGAAGAAGUCCUAGUCCGUUCACGAUGACAUUCUACAAUGAGCUUGUGCCUGGUCGAGAAGCGGAAGGCAUCAUGAGGCCGGUCUGGGAAGUUGAACCAAACUCUAUCAUCGUGCAUCCUGCCCCAGAGGAGCAAGUCACCGGACAUUCAGUCGACAUCUCUGGCUGGGCCUGGAGCGACGACGGCAUACGAACUGUAGAGAUCAGCGUUGACGACGGACGGGACUGGACGCUAGCCAAUGUCGCUGCCAGAGAGGGCUUCGAGUGGCAGGCCUUCAACCGCGAGCUGGACCUCGAAGCUGGCAACUGCACCGUAACAAUCCGCGCGACCUCCACCAACGACAUCCAACAACCUCUAUCUGGUCGUCGAAACCACGUGCAUUCGGUGCACUUCACCGUAACAUGA